AUGUUGGAUGGCUGUGUGCUAUAUAAAGAUCUGGUACCUACUGUAGAGUCAGCUGUUUUUCCCCUGGCCUUGCAGAAAGCCAAGCCCAACAGCGGCCUAAGAGAAGACAUCUACUCUGAGUCUGGCCCCAACCGAAACCCCAAAAGGAAGCCUGAUAAAGGUGCCGAGUAUGACUCAUGCUAUUGCUUCAUGCCUCCUCCUUGCCCAUCCUUUACCCAUUUCAUUGGUGCUAAACCCGGGAAGGAGGAGGGAUGCGCUUUCGUGGUGUUCUCGCUGCUGCCGUACGCCCGUGGAGUAGCGGCUGUCAUCCGUCAGAGGGCGGAGUGGUUGAGGACCAGGCGACAGCGUGUCCGGGGACAGGUUCCCAGGAGAGGGGUGGACCACAGGCUGGCGGAACGGCUAGAUGGGCAGCAUCUCCCCUCCAGAGCAGGUCACUCGAUCUCACACAUCAGACGGACAUCAGAUACCUCCCGGCUAGAACGCAUAAGUGCUCCUCGGGCGAUCCUCUCUCAUAUAUCUGCAAGAAGGCCAACACGCUUUAUCAAGCCAUCAAGGCCAGAGGUCAAGGACUUCAUCCCCCACAAUGCGAUUCACCGCGAGGCAGGCUGUCAAGAGGAGUCUGACAUUGAGGCCAACUGCUCGUGCUCAGUGGCAGGCCAAUGGGGAGAGGUCUUGGUCUUGGUGUCCAUGGAAACACAGUUAGCUUGUGUGAAUUGUGUGCGCUGGUCAAAUAAUGGCUUGUACCUGGCGUCGGGAGGCGAUGACAAACUCGUCAUGGUGUGGAAGAGAGCUGCUUUCAUAGGUCCAAGCACAGUGUUUGGAUCCAGCAGUAAACUAGCUAAUGUGGAACAAUGGAGGUGUGUCACCAUUCUGAGGAGCCACACAGGAGAUGUAAUGGACGUCGCCUGGUCGCCUCAUGAUAUCUGGCUCGCUUCGUGCAGCGUGGAUAACACCAUCGUCAUCUGGAAUGCCCGAAAAUUCCCAGAGAUCGUGAUGACUUUAAAGGGACACACAGGGCUAGUGAAAGGCCUAACGUGGGACCCCGUGGGCAAAUACAUCGCCUCCCAGGCAGACGACCACAGCCUAAAGGUCUGGAGGACCGUGGACUGGCAACUGGAGACCAACAUCACCAAACCCUUCAAUGAGUGUGGUGGCACCACACAUGUCUUGAGGCUGAGCUGGUCUCCAGACGGUCAGUACCUGGUCUCAGCCCACGCCAUGAAUAAUUCUGGGCCCACAGCUCAGAUCAUUGAACGGGAUGGCUGGAAAACAAACAUGGACUUUGUGGGUCAUCGGAAAGCUGUUACUGUGGUGAAGUUCAACCCUAAGAUCUUUAAGAAGAAACAGAAGAACGGCAGCACACCCAAACCCAGCUGCCCAUACUGCUGCUGUGCUGUGGGCAGUAAGGACCGCUCGCUCUCUGUAUGGCUCACCUCACUCAAACGUCCUCUGGUGGUCAUUCAUGACCUUUUCGAUAAGUCCAUCAUGGACAUUACAUGGACCCUAAAUGGGCUUGGACUCAUGGUGUGCUCCAUGGAUGGAACUGUGGCCUUCCUGGACUUUUCUCAGGAUGAGCUGGGAGAUCCACUGAAUGAAGAGGAAAAGAACACUAUUCAUCAGAACAUCUAUGGAAAGAGUCUGGCCAUCACUAUGGAGUCACAACUUUCCAGCACAAUCAUUGAGAACCCAGAAAUGCUCAAGUACCAACAGGAGCACCAGGGGAACCAAAAUCCUAAUGAAGCCCAUGGAUGCGGUCCUGAGACCCAGACGCCCAAACUCACUAAUGUGCUCAAUGGAGAGUCCCUGGAGGACAUCAGAAAGAACCUCUUAAAAAAGCAGGUCGAGACCAGAACUGCAGACGGAAGGCGAAGAAUCACACCACUUUGUAUCGCACAGCUCGACACAGGGGAUUUCUCACCAGCAUUGUUUAACAGCGCGCCGAUCUUGCCGGGGUCAUCUGCGUCGACCCAGCUGACCCCUCAGAUAUCUUCUGAUUCCAGCACGGCCAACUCAUUGGGCCUACGACCCACCCACGACCCCUCUACCACCUCUCCCAACAAAACUGCAGAAGAGAAUAAGGAUGGUGGAGCUCCACCAGUAAACUCAGUUGGUAUGAAAUCUAAUCUGCUUUUGACAUCCGCCUCCAAGAUUGAGCCAAUGAAAGCACUGGACUCACGAUUCACUGAGAGGUCAAAGGCCACACCAGGGGUCACUAGCGUACCGCCAACUGUGGGCAUCACCCCACUUGACAGGGUAAAAGACAGCUCUGUGAAGGAGCCUAGAGUGAAAGAUGAGACCAGUAGUGACAGUGAGGACAAAAUCAUGGUGAAAUCACUCUCGAAGAGGAAAGUAGAGAUGGAGGGAGGAGAGGUGGUAGAGAAGAGAAAGAAGGGAAGGCCAAGGAAAGAUGCCAAAACGAUGAUGCCCAUAUCACAGCCCUUCCCACAGACUUCAUUUUCAGUGGAAAAGGAGCCAGUUCGAUUAGCAACACCUGUUGUGGCAUUAAAACUUCCCACCCCAUCAAUCCAGAAAUCAUUCAGCACUCAGGUGGGCACAGAUGCUGUUACAUAUCUAGAGGUGGAAAAUGAGGUCUCUGUGGUGUCUGGGGCCCGUCUCAGUCAGCUGAAAUGGAGCAGAGAUGGCCGGGAAUGGGAGACACUUCUACCCAGUCGCAUUGUCAUUGCUACUGGUAGCAGUGAUGUUGUUGCUAUAGCAUGCGAGGAUCGCACACUGUCUGUCUUUUCGGCUUGUGGGCGGAGAUUGUUUCCCUCAUUCGUGCUGCCUGCACCCAUGUCAGCAUUGCAUUGCUCGGGCCACUUUGUCAUGGUGCUAACAGCAUCAGCCACGUUAUCCGUCUGGGAUGUUCAGAAACCGAAAGUUCUGGUCAAAAAUGAAUCCUUGAACUCUAUCUUAUCAGGCACAGAAGUCACAGUAAGUCAGUCUUUUGUGACCCAGCAAGGUGUAGCUAUUGUGGGGUUGUCAAACGGCAAAACUUACUGCUUCAACUCAUCACUGGAGACCUGGAAUUUAAUCGCAGAUAAGCAGGACUCUCUGGUGCAGUGUGCAGACUUCAGGAAUUGUAUAUCCACUCAGGAUUCUCUGGGCUUCAUGGGGCCACUCGCCCUCACACAGGGUCGAAAUCUGAGUGCGGGGUGGUUGGCGUCUCGCCUGUCAUCUACACCUCACCACUUGCAGCAGGGAAUGACACUGGCCUUCCUAGAAAACCAGCUCUCGUCUGCUCUCAUCCUUCUCUCGGCAAACGAGUACAGACACUGGCUUCUCAUCUACGCACGGUUCCUCGUGAAUGAGGGUUUUGAGCAGAGGUUGAGGGAACUAUGUCAGGAUUUAUUGGGACCAGUUCACAAAUCCAGUAGCAGCUCCUGGGAGCCGACAGUUCUGGGUCUGAGAAAGAGGGAUCUGUUGACCGAGGUGCUGCCUGUGAUUGGUCAGAACUUGAGGUUCCAAAGACUCUUCACAGAAUACCAGGAUCAGCUUGAAUUGCUGCGUCUGAAAUAGCACUUCACCUUUGAACUUCUGAUGUUUCACCCGACCCCUGCCUCGCCUGUACACGAAUUGUCUGUCUGCCUUAGCUUUCCCUGACAGCACUGCUCAUAUCGCAGACAUGGACACUAAAUAAAAUGGACACAAUAAUGAUGUUUUUUAAAGAAUUAUUUUGAAUUCAUUUGUGAAUUAACAAUUAUUCAUUAAUUAUGUUUGUAAACUUUGUGCUGGUGGCAAGAAAGAGGAAAGGUUGGGAUAUUUUCAAAAAAAAAUCUAAGGAUCAUUUUGAUAAAGCACAAAGUUUGCAUGGCACUCAUCUCAGAACCGGACGUUUGUACUUUUCAACUAUAAGUUGAUGUGAGUGAUGAUCCAAACACUUUUUCCCAUCCCUCCUCUCUUUUCAUCGUUUUCCUUUAGUUCCAAUUUGUACAGUCAUUUGUCAUUUAUUUGUAAAUGUUUGUAAAAGGCAAUUUCUUUUUUCUCUCUCCAUUUUCUAUAAAAUUUUGAAAAUGGUAAACCUUCAAUUAAAUAAGGAAUAAACAUU